AUGGUGUCAGGAAUUCUUACAGUCCUACCUACCACCGGUUACAAAAUUGGGCACCAGAACAUUCCCCGUAGAAAACCAACGCAAAGCAAGCAAAAACGACUGCCUUCAACCUUCCGAGCGAACCUGCUCUUCCCAGACCACGCAGCGGCUACUUUACAGAAAAGAGAGAAAUUUAUGAACAAAGAGAAAAGCGAUGCGUUGUGGCAGAAAGCUCAUGAGCGGAAUGCUAAGCGUGUUCUUAAUUUGAUGAUGCGGUUGGAGGGUUUGUGGGUGAAACUUGGACAGUAUUUAUCCACACGAGCUGAUGUGCUUCCUUCUGCAUACAUUUCAGUUCUCAAGCAGUUACAAGACUCUCUCCCAGCUCGACCGUUAGAAGAGGUUUGUCAUACUAUAGAGAAAGAACUCGGGAAAUCCAUGAAGGAGCUUUUCUUGGAUUUUGACAAAAAUUCUUUGGCGACAGCAUCAAUUGCGCAAGUCCAUCGUGCCACAUUAACUGAUGGGCGGAAGGUGGUGGUUAAAGUUCAACAUGAAGACAUCAAGACAAUCAUAUUGGAGGAUUUAAAAGAUGCAAAGUCCAUUGUUGACUGGAUAGCAUGGGCAGAACCACAAUAUAACUUCAAUCCCAUGAUUGAUGAGUGGUGCAAAGAAGCUCCAAAAGAACUCGACUUCAACCAUGAAGCAGUGCAAUGGCACCAACAUGGUUCCGGUGGUGAUUUGGUGGCAACUGGUGUGAAGGCUUUGGCAUGGUGCUGUUAUGGCAAUGGAAGCAUUAGUGUUGGCCAGAACACUAGAACCGUGUCCAAAAAUCUUGGCUGCACAAACAAAUCUGACAGUGACAAGCCCAUCAAUCAAGUGGAUGUUUUGAUUCCGGAGGUUAUUCAGUCAACUGAAAAGGUACUAAUUUUGGAGUAUAUGGACGGAAUUCGUUUGAAUGACCUUGAAUCCCUUGAAGCUUGUGGUGCUAACAAACAAAAGGUUGUUGAAGAAAUCACACGGGCCUAUGCCCAUCAAAUAUAUGUUGAUGGAUUUUUUAACGGUGACCCUCACCCUGGUAAUUUUCUGGUGAGCAAAGAACCUCCACAUCGUCCAAUUUUGCUUGACUUUGGGCUUACAAAGAGAAUAUCAAGCUCUAUGAAACAAUCACUAGCUAAGAUGUUUCUUGCUACUGCUGAGGGGGACCAUGUAUCUCUUUUGUCUUCCUUUGCCGAAAUGGGACUUAAGCUGCGCCUGGAUCUUCCAGAGCAGGCUAUGGAUGUGACCAGUGUAUUUUUCCGCACUUCAACACCAGCAAAUGAAGCUGCUGAAUAUGUGAAAUCUAUGGGUGAACAAAGAGCAAGAAACAUGAAGGCACUACAGGAAAAGACGAAUCUCAGCCGGAAGGAAGUUAAACGCUUUAAUCCAAUUGAUGCAUUUCCUGGUGAUAUGGUAAUAUUUGCACGGGUUGUUAAUCUUCUGAGAGGGCUUUCUUCCACGUUGGAUGCUCGCAUAGUAUAUCAAGAUAUCAUGAGACCAUUUGCCGAAUCUGUUUUGCAAGAAAAGAUUGCUAAAGGACCAUCAGCAAAUGCACAGUGGAUCUAUGAUACACCAGUGCAUUCUGAUGUGGAGGCAAAGCUGAGGCAGAUUUUAGUUGAGCUAGGGAACGAUGACAAAAUACUUGGAAUCCAGGUAUGUGCCUACAAAGAUGGAGAGGUUAUUAUUGAUACUGCUGCUGGAGUACUCGGUAGAUAUGAUCCUCGCCCAGUACAGCCUGAUAGCCUUUUUCACGUUUUUUCUGUAACAAAGGGCAUUGCAGCAGGAAUGUUACAUUGGCUUGUUGACAAUGGGUAUGUAGCGGUCCACCAUGUGCUUAAUCAUACAGCUGGUUUGCAAAACGCUUUGUCCAACCUCAGAGAAAACCCUUUGCUAGGGACUGACUGGGAUGAAUGUCUGAAACAGAUGGCUAUGUCCACACCUGAGACAGAACCUGGCCAAGAGCAGUUGUAUCACUAUCUUUCUUUUGGCUUUCUUUGUGGUGGAAUAAUUGAGGUACAAUACCAUGCUCAAGUGUUUGAACAUGAAAGAGAAACGAAGCUGACACAUUCAUCUGUUUUUGAAGUACUUUAUGAUUGGAAUGUUUGA